CAAAACCCCAUCAGCAAUCAAGUUCACGAUCCUCUUUAAUUUUCUCUCUACCAAUGGAGUCGCCACACAAAACGAAUAAAACCACCUACAAUUCCGAGAAGAUGCCCUCAAAAGAACCACCAUGCAAUAAACUCUACUGUUUCUUCUGCACCAUGAAGGAGCCAGAACCGUCUUUGAGGAGAGCCAAACUCGCCCACUGCUUCAAAGAGCUUCCUCUCAGAGAUGAUCCAGAAGAUGUCUUGGUCUUGAGCGGGCUCUGGAGCAUUGCCAUGACUCAACCAGAUGAUCCGGAGUUCCCAUCCCUUGGUAUAUUUGAAUGCAUGACCAAACUGAUUCAGAAAGGCAUCAACGAUCAAAAUUGGCUUCUUAAAGAUCAGAACAUCUAUAUACCCUACUAUGCUGCACAUAUCAUUGGUUCCUACACCAUGAACAGAGCUGACUUUGCAGAAAGAACAGUGAAAGCCGGUGCAGUUCUGGCACUACUGGAACUCUUGAGGGGUAAGAUGAGUUGGGUUGAGCAACGAGCUGCAGUUCGUGCACUGGGUCAUGUCGCCGGCCAUGACAACACCUUUCAAGCAAUUGCUGCACACGAAGCAGAAAUAGUAGAUUUAGCCAUGGAAAUUUCCUGCAAUUGUAUUGCAGAGAUAGACAAAGACUUCGUUGGAGUGAAACGAAGGAAGAGAUUGAAGUACCAUCGAGACUUGCUCACCAGAGGGCAUGGAGGGGCGGAAUUGGAGAACAGGAAAGCAGAGGAAUGGGCUAGCCAGCUCCAAUGCUGGUCCCUCUACAUACUGAACUGCUUUGCAUGCAAACAGAGGUCACUCAACAAGAUCUGCAACAAAGAUUUCCUCAACAAAUUGUGUCAGAUUUGGGGAGGAUUAGUGAAUCGAAAUUCACCGGCCGGGAUUGGAUUAAUCAGAACUCUCUGUGAAACCAAAGCAGGAAGAGAAAACAUAGCAAACUCAAAGGAAGUCCUAAGGAGUCUCUGCAACGUCUCAAGAUCCUCAGAUGAUUGGCAAUUCAUGGCUAUUGAUUGUCUUCUGUUGCUUCUCAAAGACCCAGUUGUUAGAAAUCAAGUCAUCGACAUUGCAGCUCUGUACCUCGUCGAUCUUGUUGAGCUCAGAAGCUUGGGAGGAAGAAACAGAGUAGGGGAAGAAAUUACCCAGAUAAUUUUGAAGGAUUACCAUAGAAUCAAAUACGGUAAUAUGAAGUUGAAGAGCAGAAGAGCUGAGAAAGCAUUGGAAGAAAUAUGGGAUUUGAAGGUGGAGAAAAGAAAGAGAGAAAAGCUAAUGUCUGAAGAAGAACUGAAACAGAGAGAAGUCUUGGCUUAUGACAUGAAGGGGUUGGCGAGAGAAAGCUUGAUGGAUUGCUUGAUGUUCAUCAAUGGCAGGAUGAGAUCAGAGAAGCGGCAUCUCAAGGGUGUGAAGAUUCCGUACUAUGCAGCACGUAUGAUUAACAAGCAGAUGAAUGCCACGUGGCUGUUUGGGGAUGUCCAGACAAAGAAUUGUGAAAUAAGUGAGGAGGGUAAAGAUAAAUCUAAUGGGCAAUUCCAGUUGCAGGAAAUGUUGCUGAUGAUGAAGAAAACGGAUGUCAAAAACAGGAUUUCCCCUGUUAAAGGUGUGCCUGCAGGUGAAGGGCAGCUGGUUGAGAAGAGAUGGAACAGAAAGCUAGAAAGACAGGAAAGGAGGAGAAAAGGCACCAGACCCAGAGGCGCAACUAGGCUGGCAAAUGUCAAAAUGGUGUGACUGGUAGACAAGUGAUUUCCAAAAAGAGGGGAGAUGUGUGAUCAACAAGAACUGAAUCUUGACAAUCACAAUCAUAGCAUGGAUGAUAUGUGAUCACUGAUCACCAAGGGUACGUUUGGUUAAAAGCUUAUUUUUUCAAAAAUGUUUUUUUUUUUUCGAAAAGUAAUUGAUUAAAGUUUUGUGCAGGAA